CGGUUUGCUCCGGGCAGGGCGCGGGUUGCAGAGCCACCGACGGGCAGUUGGCCUCUAGUGUGUGGGCUGUCACUUUGCUGCCCGCGAGAGUCACUUGGAACUUGAAUGAGACAGCAGCGCCCGAUCUCCUCGGCUCCUGCACCAAAACCACUGAGGGGACGCCAUCGGCUGCAAGCCAAAGCCAGAAAGCAGAAUGCGGGAGAGAAUUAAGAAAGUGUUCACCAUCAAAAACAAGACCGUGAGGGAGGGACUGGCGGAGGCCUUGGGGACAUUCCUCCUCAUGUUCUUCGGUAUAGGCGGUGUAGCCCAGGUGACACUGGGAAAAGGAGUAUAUGGAGAAUAUCUGAGCAUCAACUUGGCAUUUGGAAUUGGCGUCACUAUGGGGAUUCAUGCAGCCGGCAGCAUCUCUGGAGCUCACUUGAAUGCCGCCAUCACCUUCACCCACUGCGUCUUCAGAAAUCUUCCCUGGAGAAAGCUGCCAGCGUACAUCAUCGGCCAAUUCCUGGGCUCCUUCACUGCAGCCUUCCUAAUGUUCUGCAUGUACUAUGAUGCACUGUGUGACUACUCCGGAGGCAACUUCUAUGUGGUGGGACCUAAUGGCACAGCCGGGAUCUUCGCCACCUACCCUGCUCCGUAUAUGACUGUGCUGGGGGGCUUUGUGGAUGAGUUCCUCGCCACAGCGGUGCUCAUGUUGUGCAUUCUUGCCAUCUACGACAAGAAGAACAAUGGAGCUCUAAAGGGAACGGAGCCUGUGAUCACUGGGCUCCUGGUGUUGGCGAUCGGCAUGGCCAUGGGACUUAACACUGGAUACGCAAUAAACCCUUCCAGGGACCUUCCUCCAAGGAUCUUUACUGCAAUAGCAGGCUGGGGAAUUGCAGUUUUUCAGGCUGGAGAUCACUGGUGGUGGGUCCCCAUUGUAGCUCCGACACUGGGAAGUCUGGCUGGUGCCUUACUCUACAAACUCCUAAUUGAUUUACAUAAUCAGUCUGCACUGGAAGGCAGAGAUGAGAAAGGAAAGAAUGAUUUGCAGACUGACAAUGUGUGAUGGCCAAGUGUCCCUGGCAUAAAGCUUGGAAAGGAAAAUCCGCCACGUGACUUCAUCGACAGAUCAAAUGCUCAGCACUGUCUUAACUGCACUUUUGUUUUCAUCCCACUAAUUAAAUAACACUCCAAAAGUGA